AAUAGGAACAAAGUGCAAGUAUAUACAUGGAGGGAUUUUCACAAACACACAAAGCAUUCAAAAUGGAUCUUACAUUUAUAUAAGUUUCUAAGCUUUAGCUUCAUUUAGUCUUGUGUACCUGUUUGCUACCAGCACAGAUUUUAACUUAAAUAAACAUGAAUUUUUGUUUUUAGCAAACAUUCAUCCGUCAAUACAUUGUUCAGUGUUUAUUUUCCUGUGUGAUUAAUAUAUCUGCUAGUAAUUCUCAUACUAACACUGUAUGUAAUAAAUAAUUUGAUCAUAUACCAUGGGGAUCGAUUAAGCAACUGUACUUUUGAAGGGUACAAAUCAUCAGGUCGAACCCUUGGUCAGAGCCAGCAACUCCACUUAUCCACUUAGGUAAGUGGAGGCAAUGUGUCUGUUCUAUGCUUCUUAUGUUGGUAAAAAUUGACCAUGAAUGAAAGUGUAUUACGACUCUUGUGUGAAGUGGCAUUCACUUCACAUAAAGAGUCUACUUUAUUUUCUUUGGAGAUCAACACAGCAACGUGGUUAUUAUAAAUAUCGAUUGGUAGGUUUAAUAUUAUUUCAUCUUUGUAUCAGUUCGGUUGUUGAUUCCCAAUUUUUGUCAGCUUGGGUCAACCCAAAAGUAGAACUGUACUGUGCCGUGGAUAAUCAGCGACUUUUAGCGACAAAACAGAUCAAUUUUUCUCUACGUUUCGCACUUUAUGUGUAACCAUAUUUAUAUCCAAUAGCUGUUGUUUCUCUGUAUCGAUGACAAAGAAACUGAUAUAAUGAAUAUAUAUACGACGCACAAUCGCGACUUUUGAAAGCUAGACGUCUGCUUUACUGGCCGUGGUUGGUGGUUGAGGAUUUUACUAGCGUCGUAACAUACUUUUAAGUCUUUUUGCACUACGUUGGGUAUUUGGCACGGAUUAUUACCACGUAAUACUAUCGGAUUUAGUCUUUCUCAUUACGCCGUUGGUUCGACCAUAUUCAUAGGAACCUUUGUUAAUCAUAUGAACUCUGAGAGCAGCUUACAAGUAACAUUCAUUUCAUAAUAACUGUUAUCAUUUUGUUAUAUAAUAUUCAAUUUGCAUUGUAACCGUAAUAUGUUACUUUCUGCUCUACUAGUAAACAGACACUGAGGAUCGUAGUGAUAGUUCUUUAUGGUAUAUUAUUGUUAACUUUGCAUAUUGUUAUAUCUUGAAUAAUCUCUUUUCUGGGAUCGAUCGCAAGUGUAACUAGGCGAAAAAGGCUAUCAACUGAUCGCUUUCCAGAAGUGACUUUAUUCAUUUCUUAACUGGGAAAAUUAAUUUAAUUCUCAUUAUUUAACUGAACAGUGUUUAAAGAUAUGAAUGGUCGCCAGUUAACUGUUUGCUUAACAUCAAAUAUUGUGUUUUGUUUUAAACAGUUCAGAAAGAUGAUCGCUCCUGGAUCUCCAUUGUAUCAUAACUUAAAGGGUUGAGUUCCACAACUCGUUAUUCUAGUAAAAGUACAAAGAUCCUUUUUAUAAGUGCACAUUUAACCUUCAAAAUACGUGAAUGAUCAUUAAGAUGUAUAUUUUUAUAUUAAAGCUGUAUCAUUCCUACUUUUUGUAUUUAGAACUAAACAGAUCUUACUCGGCCUCAAAAAAGCAAAUGUUUUCAGUUUGUCGACAGUUUUAUUUCAGCAAAGUCACUUUUGUCGCUCUACCCAGCAAAUAUCAGAGAGCAUUACACCAUGAGUCAAAACACAAAAUUGAAAAAAUAAAAUUAAGAGAGCCUUUCGCUGUCGUUGCUGGGAGCUUGCCGAAGACAGCUUUGAAUGGUGAGCAAGCUUUCAAUUUUUUGAAUGAUGGUGCCAAAGUUUUUAUUCACGGCGGCGCAGCUACACCUACAAUACUUAUUUCGGAAUUUUAUAACUAUGUGAUGGCUAAGAAGCUGAAGAAUAUAUCGGCUUACCACAUUCAUACAGAGGGACCCUUUCCAAUUAUCAAUCCUGAAGCAAGUAGUCACGUCCGAUCUGUGUCACUUUUCACAGGCAGCAAUUGUAGAGAUCCAAUCAAGAGUGGAAGAGCCGAUUAUGUUCCUAUAUUUUUGAGUGAAAUACCACUCCUAUUUCGCAGAAAUAUCAUAAAACUCGACCUAGCAUUACUAAAUAUCAGUCCUCCGGAUGUUAACGGGUAUUGUUCUCUUGGUCCAAGUGUAGAUGUUACUCGUGCUGCUAUUGAGUCAGCUAAGCACCUCGUUGGUCAAAUAAAUCCGAGCUUACCAGUCACUUCUGGAGAUGCCCAUGUACACAUAAGUAACUUCACGUCGAUCAUCCACGGAGAUAUGCCUUGUCACUUUAUGAAUCCACGACAAAUGACCGAAGUUGAAGAUAAAAUCGGCGCAUUGAUUGCAGAUAACCUAAUCGAUGAUGGUGCCACUCUGCAAACAGGUAUUGGGGCAAUUCCAGAUUCAGUCUUAAAUAAGCUUUCCAACCAUCGAAACUUAGGAGUUCACACAGAAAUGUUCUCAGAUGGAAUUAUUAAACUAGUUGAAAAUGGUGUUAUAACAAAUGCGAACAAGGUAGUACGUCCAGGGAAAGUUGUCACGAGUUUUGUCAUUGGUACAGAGAAUGUUUUUAAAUUUUUACAUGAUAACCCAUUGAUUGAAUUCCGUGAUGUGGCCUGGGUUAAUUCACCUUUUGUAAUAGCCCGAAAUCCAAAACCGGUUUCCAUUAAUUCAUGCAUUGAAGUUGAUCUAACUGGCCAAAUUGUAUCCGAUUCUGUUGGCAGUAGAAUCUACUCAGGAUUUGGUGGUCAAGUUGACUUCAUCCGUGGGGCUGCAAUAGCUGAAGAUGGUUUAGGCAAACCUAUAAUUGCUCUUCCAUCUACGACAAAACGUGGUGAAAGUAAAAUUUCUCCAUAUCUUAAACCUGGUGCCGGUGUUGUAACAUCUCGAGCUCAUGCUCACUAUGUUGUCACCGAAUAUGGUAUCGCCUAUUUAUUUGGACGUAGUUUAAGGCAGCGCGCACAUGCUCUUAUUCAGAUUGCUCAUCCAGAUCACAGAGAAUCAUUAGAAAAGGCAUCAUUUGAACAACUCAAAGUAAUUCCAUCAGCUGAUUAGAAAGAAAACGACGUGGUUUCAAAGAGAUAUGUAAAUAAGUGAUGUGUAAAGUAAAACAAGAGAUGAAAUUCUUACAAACAUGCUAUUAAUAAUUUAUGUAAUACUCGUACAUUGUAACAAAUAAUCUUGCGGAAAAUUUAUUUUUAACAUUAAUUCUGUAGUGCUUUUACUAACAUAUGUAUUUUACCACAUUGCUUUAUAAUUGUAUUUAAUUUAUACCUAUUAUUAGUGUUUAAGUUACAUUAUCUUCCAAGUCUCAGAUAUUGUUUGUCA